GUUCUCUUCCCCACUUCCCUCUCCUAGGAGUACACGAUGACAAGCCGACAUUCUCAAGUAGAGCCUAUUAAACGUAGGUCUCACAUCACUCUGGGGCGCUGCAAAUACCGGUUUAAAAAUGGGCUUGAAUGUCCGUGCACAUCUGGAAAGUGUACAUUGGUUACCAUCUUGUCAGAUGACUCUUUGGCUAAAAGCCGAUGUGACGGCUGUGAUCACUUUAUGGAACUCCAUGAAGAAUAUGAAGACACUAGACCAACUGCCGCUCCGGAUGCCGAUAUUCAACUUGCCUGCCCUCCCGCCAUUGUGCAAGAACCCUACCGUAAGAAACUUAGCAUUUAGGAUAUGUGUGUUUUCCGCUGACCGUACCAAUAUGAAUUCCCUCCAUCGUUUCUCAUCGUGAUGAGUUGGUCCACGGCUUGAUUUCACUAGCUGAAG